AUGAUUCCGGGCAGGCGAAUUUUGACGAACGCGCAUUGCGUGGAACACCACACGCAGGUGAAGCUGAAGCGACGCGGCGACGACACCAAGUUUGUCGCACGCGUGCUGGCGAUCGGCGUGGAGUGCGACAUCGCGCUACUCGCUGUGGACGACGAGUCGUUCUGGCAGGGCCGCCAACCGCUCAGGUUCGGCGGUCUCCCUCAUUUGGAGGACGCGGUGACAGUGGUGGGGUACCCAGUGGGGGGCGACAGCAUCUCAGUCACCUCUGGAGUCGUCUCUCGCAUUGAAGUAACCGCAUACGCUCACGGCGCCUCCGAGCUACUAGGCGUGCAAAUUGAUGCCGCAAUCAACCCGGGGAACAGCGGCGGCCCGGCUUUUAACGACCGCGGGGAGUGUGUGGGGAUAGCGUUUCAGUCACUAAAGGAUAGUGACACGGAGAAUAUCGGGUAUAUUAUCCCGACGCCGGUCAUCUCGCAUUUCCUCGGCGAUUACCGAAGAAACGGGCAGUACACGGGUUUCCCCGCGAUCGGAAUCCUCUGGCAGAGGCUGGAGAAUCCUGCGCUUCGGGCAGCUCUGAAAAUGUCGCCCGGGCAGAAGGGUGUUCUCGUGCGGAAAGUCGACCCGACGUCUCGAGCCCAUGGGGUGCUACAGCAAGGGGAUGUGAUUAUGUCAUUUGAUAAUGUACCCAUCGCCAGCGACGGCACUGUGCCUUUCCGAACCGGCGAGCGCAUCUCCUACGGGUUUCUGGUCAGCCAAAAGUUUUCCGGCGAGGUUGCCCGGCUGGAAAUUCUCCGCGACGGGCAGCUGAUGAAGGUUCAGGUGCAGCUGAAGCCGCCGAAACGACUCAUUCCGGUGCACACGGGGGGCAAACCGCCAACGUUUCUGAUCGUGGCAGGGCUGGUUUUUACGCCGGCUGUGCAGCCGUUUUUGCAGUCAGAGUAUGGGAGCGAGUUUGAGUUUGAGUCGCCGGUUUCGCUGCUUCAGAAGCUGCUGCAUGGGCAUGCGGAGCAUGAGGACGAAGAGGUGGUGGUGUUGAGUCAGGUGCUAGCCCAUGAAGCCAACAUAGGGUAUGAGGAUAUCACCAACACGUGCCUCGUGUCUCUCAACGGCACGCGGGUGCGCAACGUGCGACAGCUGGCAGCGCUGGUGGACGCGUGCACCUCAGACUGGGAGAGCCAGCCGUUCAUGCAGUUUGAGUUGGAGCACCGGCAGCUGGUGGUGCUGGAAACGAAGAGCGUGCGGGCUGCCACGGCUGAUGCCAUGGCGGAUCACAGCAUUCCCUCGGACCGAUCGGAGGAUCUACGGCACGGAGCAGCACCAGCAUCAGCAGCCGGAGACGCGAAAUAUCAGGCUUCACCGGCACGCGCGCCCGCAAGCCUUACAGGCGCGGAAACCGCACCUUUCCUUGAACGUCCCUUCCCCCUCGUCACUUCCGCGAAAUAUCUCCCCCUCCUGCCCGCCGCAAGCCCCCGCAACUUGUACCGCCGCGGCGUCUCACGGCAUCUACUCCCCGGCCCCACCUCUGCUCCCGCGGGUCCUCCGCACCUUCCGCCUUCCACCUCGCUUCUGCGCCGCGCAUCCGCGCCGACUCUUCCAGAGCCGCAGCAGACCAUCACGGCGGUGCUUACGAGCGCUUGCGCCUCCCGAGCUUCUCACAGCUGCGGAAUGCAAGGUGAUGGGGCGACUCGUCCGCGGCAGGAGCAGCAGAGUGAGCAGCAGAAGGCGAAGGAACAGCGGAACGACCGCGUGAGACUCUGCGAGCAGCGGAAGGAGCACCGUGGGAGCGGAGAGACGCCUGCGCGUGACCCGCAGCCCCAGCAGGUGCUUCCUCUCACGACCGACGAACAAUGGGAACGGAUCUUGGCGACGCGACGAGAAACGCGGCGCAGUGCUACUACUGGAAUUAGUAUGGAUAGUAACGAAGCCGGCCCUUUCAGAGUUAGGGAAACUGCUGCUGCAAUUGCGGGGAAGAGAACCCCGACGGCGCGAGUGCAACUACAGCGCUCUGGCGGCAGCUGUGACGUCUGGCGACUCGUCUCGUCGAUGGACGCGCGCGAAUGGGACUCCCCGCCGACGGGAACUCGCUCCGCGCGGGCGGACCGUGACGGUGCGCGGAUGGGGUGCGCUGCCGCUACCGGCACCGCCGCGGGGAAGCGGUCGGCGCGCCUGGCGAGGAGCGCCGGGAGCUGCGACAUGGCGCGGGUGGUGCAGAUGCUAGAGGACGAGAUGGAUCGCGAGGAGAGGGACCGCGAGGAGCGCGACGCGCAAAAGGUUUGUGCUUCCGCCACGGGCACCGCCGCGGGGAAGCGGUCGGAGCGCCGCCUUGCUGCUGGUGGGGCAACACUGCGGGGGAGCGGCGGGAGCUGCGAUAUGGCGCGGCUGGUGCAGAUGCUGGAGGACGAGAUGGAUCGAGAGGAGCGCGACGCGCGGCGGAAUAGAAAUAUUACCACGAAUGAUAGCCACAAUGUUAGUAACAGCCCUGGAACGCGCAGAACCGAGGGGCUGGAUUUUGCUGGCUACCGCGACUGA